UAAGCCCACAACCAAUUCACGGGAAUUUCUCAGUCUUGACAUUACUCAAGUCCUCAUAAUGAAUCGGGUCAUUUAGACUUGGAAUAACCAUAAGAAUCGGGCCAGCAAACCAAUAAUGGCGACCGAGGCCACACGAGACCGGUCUCAUACGAUAUGGGGUUCGUCUGAGAAUUUGGGUCUUUCACUAGAACACGGCGCUGGUAACGAUGCCAGGACGAUUUCUACUCCCAGCAAUAAUGAGACCCGCAAUCCAGAUACCCAAACAUAUCGUAUAGAAACACUAUCUCCGAUUCGGGCCAAUACGAAGAAGGGAAGGGUGACGCAUAGAAGCUUGCUCCCUAUUCAUGUGUUUAUGAUCGCCGUCAAUGCCACUCUAGGUACAGGACUAUACUGGCGCGGCGGACAGAUCUUGGAGUUAGGCGGCUUCCUAGCCGUUAUCAUCUCCUUCUUGUCACUCGGAAUACUUGCAUGGCUAGUUACGCAAUGCAUUACCGAACUACUUUGCAUCUGGCCUGUCCCCGGUGCCAUGUCCGUCUUCGUACGCGAGUUUGUAGAUUUUGAGCUAGGAAUUACCGUGGGUAUCGCAUAUUGGUUUACAUACUCGGUCUCCUUCGCUGCAUUGAUAGCAUAUACUGCGGAGGAGGUUCACUAUUGGACUAUUGGCGAUGUACAGGACGGGAUCGAUGCUGGAGUGUUAUAUUUACUUGUACCGGUAAUCUUAAUAGUCAUUAAUUGUUUUGGAAUUCAUAUAUAUGGAUGGUUCGAGGUUGCCACUGGUAUCAUCAAGUUAAUCUUCCUGGCCAUUAUUAGCGUUGCAAUGCUUGUAUUCGCUACUCAGAGCCCCGAAACCCCCGACGAGAAGCAUAGUUGGGCGCAACCAGUCACGUUCGAUGAUACCGCAGCGCAAAGUUGGUUUCCUGCUCUAUGCAUAUGUCUAUGUACCGCAACAUUCGCUUAUGCUGGCGUCGAAGUUCCAGCAGCCGCCGCACUCGAAGCUCGUCCUACCGCUGCCUCGGCCCAUAAGCGCAAUCAAGCCAGUAAUAUUGGCGAAACCAUUAGAUUUCCGUCGAAAUGGAUCUCAGUUUUCGCGUGUAUUGCAUAUACACUAAGCGGUAUCCUAGUAUCUCUGAGCGUCGAUCCUACCGAUUGUCGGCUGCCUCGGGUCGGUUGGCUGAAUUACGAUAGCUGCGAGACUGUUCAGUCGGCAUUCGUUCUCGUCGCAAAAGUUCGCGGUACUGCGGAAAUAGCGAGCGCCUUCAAUGCGUUCCUUGUAUUCACCGCGUUGUCGUGUGCCAACACAAACCUCUAUAUAUCGUCUAGAACACUAUUCGGUUUAACUAAUCAGAUAGACGGUGGUCCAGACGAACCUUGGUAUUUGAAUAUCCUUGCAUGGCUUGGACGUACCAACAGCUACAGAGUUCCAAUCCGGGCUAUGACUGUAUCUGCGAUCGCUUUCAUUUGGGUGCCGUUCCUACAACUUCACCAUCCAGAUCAGCCACAGACAAAAUCGAGUCAAGAAAGCCAAAUAGGAGGUGACGGGUCCCAAAGGGAUGGAAUAGGCGCUUUCAUCAACAUUCUUGCCGAGAUGGGCUCCGUCGGAGUGCUGAUCGCUUGGGCCUGCGAGUGCUGGGCAUUCAUUCGAUACUAUCACUGUAUUAGUAGACACCAUAACGAACUUGUUGAACGAAAGGUGUCGCGUGUUCAGCGCUUCAGCGAUAGGGACGAUAACGACUACCCCUAUAUAAGUAACGGGCAACCAGUUACGGCAUAUCUAGGUUUAUUUGGAUGUUUACUCAUCCUUCUGGUGCUUGAUGGGGCUGCUCUAUGGAACGGGUUCUACACGGAGCCCUUCUUGUCGUCAUAUCUUCUCGUUGUCAUCUUCGUAUUGGUAUGGGUUGCCUUAAAGCUUUGGAGAGGUGCUAAGUGGUCACUCGUCGACCUUUCCAACCCAGAUCUAGCCAUAGGUAUUAUACGUGGUCUUCACGAGUCCAGCUAUGCAGGAUUUCAGACCGAGCCCAAUCCCGAUCGUCGCAGGGGCUCAUCUAUAUGGGCACGGCGACAGCUAUCCGUAGCUCCAUCCGCCCCAGCAAGGAAUGCCGAAUGAUGUAUAAUAAAUAAAACAGGGAUGUGAAAUUUCCACACUUUCAGACUAGCUAAUAGGGGGUUGAAUUAAGUGUCUAUUGAUAAGGUAACUAUUUAAUAUAGCUACAAAAUAAAAAGGGGAAGGGGACUAAACCGUACUAAAGAGUUAUGGGCAUAACAGGGCUAUGGCUAUUCAAAAUGAAAUAUAUACAUGCUUGUUUAUCACAGCGACCAUACACG